AUGAACCCAAUCGUCUCCCUCGACCCCACCACCCCACUCGACCCCAAACCCCUCAUCUCCGACAUCCUCCGUACCCGCUACUGUGUGCCGGGCUCCGUUUUCCUAGUCGAGUCGAUCCAGCGCAGCAUCCCGGUUGCGGCGGACGGUUUAAGUUCCGGUCUUGGGUCUGGGUCGGGGACUGGUCUCCGUGGUGGUCGGCGGCAGUCGCGGCGGCGGAGGGGUCGGGAGCGGGCGGUGAGGCUGUUGCUGGGGGACGGGGAGCUGUGUGUGCAGGCUUUUGUGAGGGGGGAGAUUCAUUGUUUUGUGGAUGGGGGUGGGGUGUAUGAGGGGUGUUAUGUGAGGUUGGAUCGGUUUUGGUUGGGGGAGGUGGAGGUGGCGGGGAUGGGGGAGGUGGCUGAUGAUGGAGUGGGGGAUUCGGAGUAUCUUGGAAUGUUGAGGAUGGAGAGGGAGGAGGCGGAGAGGGAGAGGCGGCUGCAACUCGAGAGGGGUGAGGAAGGUUUGGGGCAGGCAGAAGGGGAGCUGGUUGUGGCGCAUGAGGUUCGAGAAGAUGUGGGCAAAGAAGCGGAAGAGUAUGAGGAUGACGAGCUGAUCGAUCAGCUGAUGGCAGUUGAAGGGAACGGAGAAACCACAGGUGCCGCAACACGAGAAACAACCACCACAAACUUCGGGCCCCCGGGAGUUGACCCGCCAGAAUCUACGCAGCGGGAUCCGAACGAACUAGACUACACUUCCGACUCCGACUCGGCGUUCGAAACCCUCGCAGUAUCCGCCGAACGAGCGUCACAACGCCGUAUUCUUACUUCCGCCCCCGACCCCCGACAAGAACUUCAAGCAUCCAUCAUCAAGCAGAACCAAAACGACCACCGCCGCCAAAACCACCAACACGCCCAACCACAACCACAAGCACAACCCCAGCAACAACCACCCCAACCCCAACCCUUAAUAACCAAACCGCGCCCCUGGCUCCCCACCUCCGCCACGCAAUUCGUCAAACUCACGCCCCUCUCCCAAAUCCCAUCCCUCCCCUACCGCCAAAACUGGAUGGUCAACGUGCUCGCCAUCCUCACCUCCCUCUCCCCGGUCCAGCCCUCCCACAUCGGCCCCUCCUUCGUGCAGCGCACGGCCCGCCUGACCGACAUGAGCACGCCCAAGCAGGUGCUGCUGACGGUGUACCUGGAUCCGGAGGGUUUUACCCCUCGUGAGGGGGGUGUGGUGUUGCUGCUGGGGGUGAAGAAUCAUUUUGGGGAAGGGGGGUCGCUGCGGAAGUAUGUGAGCGAUGGGCUGGGAGUGGGCGAGAGUUGGUGGGUGGCGGCGGAGGAGGGGGGGUUGGGGUGGUGUAGGGCGGGGGUGGAGAGGUUGGGGAGUUGGUGGAGGGAGAAGGGGAGGGAGGGGAGGGGGUAG